AUGUCGACAGUCGGUUACAGUCUCGUCAAAUCAAACAUCACAUUUUACAGCCCAGUGGUUAGACUUUCAAUUUCAAUUAUUCCCGAACUACACCACACCACAUCACCAGAUUCCAUUUAAUUAGGGUUUAUUAAGUUUGGUUUUCAGAUGUCACGUCUCAGAUCGGACACUUAUAUCAAACCGGGAUCGGAGAGCAGUUUCGACAGCGAUGACUUGCAUUCCCGGAGGUACGGACAUCAAUUGGAGAACUAUUGCUGUUUUUCUGAUGUUUCUGCUAAGGUGGGCUUAAUUUUUUGUCACAAACUGUGGAGCAACAAGUUCAGAAAGCAGUAAUCCUUUCUGGAAUCAUCACAGGAACACAGGCGGUUGGAAAUUUUGCGUUUUUACUUCAUGGUAACAGAAAUAGAGAUCAAGUUUCAUUGAAAGUUCAAGGUUUGUAGGAUGUGGCAUCACAAUGUUCGACAUGGGACUAGCAUUGAUUCCAGUGGUUUUGGGGACCGGUGCCGUCUUGUUCAUCACAUUUGCAUUUCUACACCACAGUUCGUGCUCGUUGAAGCCUUAUAUCGUUCAUCACGUAAGUGGACGUUUCGCAACCCGAGAUUUUCAAAGCCAUGUCAUUUCUAGGUCCAACUUGCUGUGCUCUACUUCCUUUGCCUCGUUCUUUUUGCGGCAGUCACGUGCAAACAGCAAUUAUCGCUCGACAUUUUAUCAUUUUUGUCCAAUCACUCCAGCAACUUUGCUCAUAUCCAAUCAGCAGGUGAGAGAUCGAAAAUCCAGACAUGUCAGUCUGGAAAAAUGUGCCGCCAAUCUUGUUUUCAGUAACAAAUUCCGCUUUUCAGAAGGACCCCAAAAGCUAAUCGUCGGCGGAUACCUUUUGUCUCAACUUGUUAUCAGUUUUUUCUGUUUACACCUUUCGGGAUCACUUUUCACCUGGCUCGACACUGAGAAGAGGUAUAUCAGUAACGAGUGCACGGAAGUCAUCUGA